AGGUGAACUAUGACUCCGCUUUAAAGCUAUCAGAUUUUUUUAGAUUUUACGAAAAUGCUGAAGACAAAAAAAAAAACAUCGAAAUAGGUACAUGUUUUAAUAUAAAAGACUUUUAUAUAUUGUCAACGAAGCGCUCUCCAAUAAUGGAAAUUCUGUUAAACGAAUUUACAUGGCAAGGACAAGUCAUGUCUAUAAUUAAACGUUUCGUCAAAGAACAGAUCAGGCAAACAAUAAGAUCUAGAGGGUAUAUCAAUGUUUUAACGGAGUAGUUGGAAAGAUCCACGGCAUUUAUGGUGACGUGUCACUUUUCUUCGGUCUGUUGAUCACAAAAACAAGUCAGGCAGCUUUGCUUUGAGUCUUUAAUUGAAACGAGGGGAUCUGAAAGAAUUUUGACAGUCCAUGUACCGCGUUCUCUUCGCUCAAAAUUGUCAGAGUUUUUCCAUGGCGUUGUUUACAGCUGUUUACGGUGUCGCUGAUGGGCUUAUUUCCGAGCGGGUAAAUUUGUUGAAUAAAUUUGAUUGUAUAUAUUCUAGUUGCACCAGUGGUAUGUAACAUUACUGCAGGUGCUCUUUCUCUAUGUCUCUCUCGCGAUCUAAAAACUAAUGAAGGAAAAAAAAAAAGAAUUUCGGCGCCUUCAAAACCAUUUACGACCCAAACGUUAACUUCUUAACCCACAGAAUCGAGAGAAAAUUCCGCAUAAUUCAAACGUUUUUAAAAGUCUGUCAAAAUCUGUCACGUAACGCAGUGCUAGGGGAUUCCCCGUUUUCGUUCGUAAUCAGCGUCGCCAUGGUGACUGCCCGGACAUGCCCGCUGUUCUCUCGUAUGAUUGGUCAAACGUCCGUUCUUAAACAAAAGAACCGUUUUUAGAAACACUACGUCAUGCCAAUAAAUAAAAACUUGAUCCAUUCGUGGUGCAAUCUUUGUAGGCUCUUGCACUGGUUUAAACCGGUCACCUAUAAAACAGCUCUUCAUUUCUAGCGAUCCCUUCGAACUGAACGCACGUGUUGUGAUCGAGUCUGUGAUUGUCAUUCGUGAAAGACUCUCCGUUCCUCCGCUUUGCAGUCCAUCCGAAAGCCAUCCAAUCCAAUUCAACUUCUUUGUGCCUACGGAAGAGCCGAUUUGCAGUGAUUUUUGGCGCCGCUCAUUGCCAACUGAUUUUAAACUUUCAACAUGAUGCCAACAAACCUUAACAGCAGCGACAUCUCCAGAUCCUUUAAUGAUGACGAAGUUCUUGUCGGCAACAUGGAUUUUUCAGAGCUAGGCCACUUCUGGUUCACCUCGGAAGAGAAACAAGAAAGCGCGCAAAGUGUCCCAGAAUCAACCCUGGACCUAAACGGGAUGCCCGCAUGGCUUAGCGAGACCUUUCAACCACAACACAUUUACGAAGACGAUGAACAAGACGAUAAAGCCUCAGAGCAAUCGAUUGUGAGCCCAUCUCUGUCUGAAAGCAGCUCUACAAGCACCGGACACUUUUUUCCGCAAGAAAUGAGCGCCAAAGUAGCUCUGUUUACAGACAAAGAGCUGCGAGAGCUUGGUGUUAAAGAGAUAAACAGCCUCCUGAAACUUAGGGGGCUGUCACAGGAGGAGGUUGCACAAGUGAAGCAAAAACGAAGGACACUGAAAAACAGGAGCUACGCGCAGCAUUCCAGAAUGCGACGAAUCGAGAAUAAGAACAAUCUUGAAAUCACAAGAGAUAACUUAAUGAAAGAGCUGGAACAAGUGCAAAGGCAGCUGGCUGUCACCGCCCGCGAGCGGGAUUUCUUCAAGAACAAGUACGUGAAGCUUUUGGCCCAAGUUUCCAGGAUGCCAGGACGAGUCCUCAAGAUCAGCCCUUUAGAAACAUGAACUAGACGUAUCUUUCCACGAGGAAAGGGUUUGCUCUUAGAGAAACUAGAUUAGAAACGCAUUGUACAUGUACAAGUAGAACGGAAAAGUUGUGAAUUCGCUAGCGUGCGAAGAACUUGACUUCGUACGCGAUCUGCGAUCUUUAGCUCAGAAUGAGUGAACUUAUCAUAGGUAACAGGCUCGUUGUUGUUUUAAAGAUUUUACUAUCAACCGUGGACAUUUUAGCCCGUCGCUUUUCAUGUGGUUUUCUUCUCGCGCAUAACGAGCCGACGUCGCAGAACGUUUCCGAACGUUGCGUGACGUAAUGAGUUAUUCUUGUUUAUGUUGUGGUAAAACCGCUGACUAAGUGGAAGAAAUGUCAAUCAAUCACAUGUAUGUACAGAAGCGUAACAAAUGCUUAACGUUCGUAUAACAAACCUGUUAUAACGUGUAUUUAAGAUGGACAUACUGAAGCCAAAAAAAAAAAAAGAAAUUCAAAGAAAAAUAACAAAAGAAAAUUAUUGAAAAAAAUUAAAUAUUUUUGUCACAAAAAAAAAAAUAAAACACAAGACAAGCAAAUGUGAAUAAAAAAUUGUGCUAUUCAACCCUAAGAACUUUGUUACAAUAAAAAUUCAAUGCCAAUGUAAAUCUUGGGAGAAUACAGGGGAAUUUUUUUACAGUACCCUGACCCAAGUGGCUGUUAUUGUUAGCAACAUUGUUAAUGGAUAAGAUUGUAAAUAGUAUUUAAAAUCUCAACAAAAUCAAAAGGCUGCAACAGACAGUCCGAUUUUAGUUUCUUCAUUACUUCGUAGUGAAGAAACAUUGGUGAGAUUCACUGGUGUUUGUGUAAUACUGAACAAAAUAAUAUUGUAUGUUGAAAUAAAAGCACUGUUACUAGU